AUGGUGUUUCUUCUGGAGGAUUUGUUUGAUGUUAAAGAUAUCGACCAGGAUGGCAAGAAGUUUGACAAUGUCUCGCGAAUCCAAGCACUGAGCCAAACCUAUGGGUUAGAGCUCACCAUCGACAUCAAUACGGAAAUCUACCCCAUGAAAAUCUUCGAUCGUUUUUCAAUGGCCUUGUCAACUAACCUGCGAAAGGAUGGCGAGCCAGAUGAGGGAGUGUAUGACCAGAGCGGCGUAGAGACUUUUGCUGAUGACUUUGAGUAUGUCAUGCAUGGAAAAGUUUUCAAGCAAUACCGAAAGCCUGGAGAAACUGAAAUGUCCGUGUUUGUGUCAUUCGGGGGACUCCUGAUGCACUUGAGGGGAGAUGAACAGCAGCUGAACAAGCUUGAAUUAGAUACAAAAGUCUAUCUGCUGAUGCGAAAGAAUUAG